AUGCAUUGCCAUGUUCGCCUUGAGCGGUGAGGCCAAAAAACGUGAGGCCCCCAUAAGCAAUGGCCGUGGUUCGGCUUCGUAUAACUCCCCCUCAAAUUCAUAUUUGCCACCUGCCUCAGGACCGGCUUCGAACAGCUAUGCCCCAAGUGCACCAUCCGGUGGUCCAUAUGGCGGGCCUUCUUCACGUCCCUCAUCCUCAUAUGGUCCCCCACCCAGAAGUCCUUCUUCUAGCUAUGGACCACCUCCACCACCCUCAGGCCCAGCCGCAACAUAUGGUGCUCCCAGCCGUCCCAGCUCCAGUUAUGGUCCACCCAAGAAAACCUCUUCACGUCGUCCUUCAUCCAGCUAUGGUGCCCCACCAAAACAACCCUCUUCAAGUUAUGGUCCUCCAAAAUCUAGCUAUGGUCCACCCAAGUCUAGCUAUGGUCCACCAAAAUCUUCUGCACCAUCUUCAAGCUAUGGUGCCCCGGCAAAGGCUCCUUCUUCAAGUUAUGGUGCUCCAGCACGUGCUCCCUCUUCCAGUUAUGGUCCACCCAAGUCAUCACCACCAGCCACUAGUUAUGGUGUGCCCACAGGUCCAGCUGCUCCAUCUUCUAGCUAUGGUGCCCCUGCUGCUCCAUCUUCAAGUUAUGGUGCCCCAGCCAAGGCUCCUUCAUCCAGCUAUGGUGCCCCCGCCAAAACUCCCUCAUCAAGCUAUGGUGCUCCAGCCAAGGCCCCCUCAAGUAGUUAUGGUGCUCCUGCCGCUCCUUCUUCAAGUUAUGGUGCCCCAGCCAAGACACCUUCUUCCAGCUAUGGUGCUCCAGCAGCCCCAUCUUCUAGUUAUGGUGCUCCUGCCAAGGCUCCCUCAAGUAGUUAUGGUGCUCCUGCCGCUCCUUCUUCAAGUUAUGGUGCCCCAGCCAAGACUCCUUCUUCAAGCUAUGGUGCUCCCUCCGCCCCUGCUGCACCAUCUUCUAGCUAUGGUGCUCCAGCCAAGACACCUUCUUCCAGUUAUGGUGCUCCUGCUGCUCCUUCUUCAAGCUAUGGUGCUCCAUCUGCCCCUGCAGCACCAUCUUCCAGUUAUGGUGCUCCUUCGCAAGGCUCUUUCCAGCCAAUUCAACCACCAUCCUCUAGUUAUGGCGCUCCUGCUCAAACUCCCUCUUCAAGUUAUGGUGCUCCUGCUCAAGCUCCUUCAUCCAGUUAUGGUGCUCCCGCUCAAACUCCUUCAUCUAGUUAUGGUGCUCCAGCUCAAGCUCCUUCCUCAAGCUAUGGUGCUCCAGCUCAAACUCCUUCAUCUAGCUAUGGUGCUCCUGCCCAAGCCCCCUCAUCCAGCUAUGGUGCUCCAGCUCAAACCCCUUCGUCUAGUUACGGUGCUCCCGCUCAAACUCCAUCCUCAAGUUAUGGUGCACCUGCCCAAACUCCAUCUUCCAGCUACGGUGCUCCUGCCCAGACUCCCUCAUCCAGCUAUGGUGCUCCCGCUCAAACUCCAUCCUCCAGCUACGGUGCUCCUGCUCAAACUCCUUCAUCCAGUUAUGGUGCUCCAGCUCAAACCCCAUCCUCCAGCUACGGUGCCCCAGCUCAAACUCCCUCGUCUAGCUAUGGUGCUCCUGCUCAAACACCUUCCUCAAGUUAUGGAGCUCCUGCCCAAACUCCUUCAUCCAGUUAUGGUGCUCCUGCCCAAACUCCCUCGUCUAGCUAUGGUGCUCCUGCUCAAACUCCCUCAUCCAGCUACAGUGCCCCAGCCCCUCAAGCACCAUCCUCCAGUUAUGGCGCCCCAGCUGCUCAAGCACCAUCCUCCAGUUAUGGUGCCCCAGCCCCUCAAGCUCCUUCCUCCAGUUAUGGCGCCCCAGCAGCCCAGGCUCCCUCAUCAUCUUAUGGUGCACCCACUGGACCAUCAUCUAGCUAUGCCUCAGCUCCAGCUGCACAAGGUGGUUCAAGCGGUGGCUAUCCCUCAGGACCUUCCUCAAGCUACAGUGCCCCUGCUCAACAACCCUCUUCAAGCUAUGGUGCCCCUGCCCAACAACCAUCUUCAAGCUAUGGUGCUCCUACUGGACCAUCUAGCAGCUACAAUGCUCCAUCAGGUCCCAGCAGUUCUUAUGGUGCUCCUUCGUCUUCUGGUUCCAGUUAUGAUGCCCCCGCCCAACCACCAGCAACUGGCUAUGGAGCCCCAACUGGACCCUCCUCAUCCUAUAAUGCUCCAAGUGCUCCCUCCUCAUCGUAUGGUGCUCCUUCAUCCAGCAAUGGUGGUGGCGGCAAUGAUGGUUAUUCUUAUUCUUCAUCGGCCAACAAAAUCCCUGACACCAUUCCCCAAGGUUAUUCUUCGGAUGGUGGCUACACAUAUUAG